AACACUACUGUACAUACUUCUAAUAAAAACCAUUUCAUCAGUCUUCUCCAUUUCUUUCUGAUUUCUCUUCUCUUCUUCAUGAAUUAAUUUUAAAAUCCAUACUAAAAAAAAAAAAAAAAGAGAGAUGGAGAAAUUCUCGUACAACUCAUAUCCAGAUUCAACCGACUCGUCACCGAGAUCUCGCGAGAUCGAAUUCGAUAACCCACCGCCAUGGGAUGAUCAGAACCCGAACCAGAACCCGAACCAGAACCAGCAGCAACAGAGCUACAAGGUGAGGUUUAUGUGCAGCUAUGGCGGAAAGAUUCAGCCGCGUCCUCACGAUAACCAACUCACUUAUGUUAACGGUGAAACUAAGAUCCUCUCCGUUGAUCGCGGGAUUAGAUUCCCUGUUUUAGCUUCCAAGCUCUCCUCCGUUUGCGGCGGCGGCGGCGGUGAUGAUGUUACGUUUAAGUACCAGCUUCCAGGAGAAGACUUAGACGCUUUGAUCUCCGUUACUAACGAUGAUGAUCUGGAGCAUAUGAUGCACGAGUACGAUCGCUUGCUUCGUAUGUCUUCUAAGCCAGCGAGGAUGCGUUUGUUUCUCUUCCCUUCUGCUUCCUCCGGUGGAUUUGGUUCUCAAGGCUCCACUCAGUCAGAUCGAGAUCGCUUCGUCGAGGCCUUGAACACUGUUCCUAGGCUCUCUGAUUCGGAGAAAUCAGUAUCAGCUCCUCCUCCCAUUAAUUCGGAUUUUUUGUUCGGAUCGGAUAAAGUCGUAGCUCCGCCGCCGCCACCAACACCGUCUGAGGCGAAAUUACCGGUUCCGGCGGCGUUAGAGCCUCCGUUGUUCAACGAUCCGCGUGUGAUUCAACCGGAUCACGGCGUAAAUCCGAUGGAGAUUCAAAGACAAAUGCAGGAGUUUCAAAGGAUGCAUAUUAGGGAUCAAGAACAACAACAACAACAACAGGAAGCUGUAUACAGGAGGAAGAGUAACGAAGACGGUUUAAUUGAAACCACCGGAGGAUACUUCUCUCCGCCGUACGCUCAAAAUCCGGCGCCGCCACCGCCGCAGCCGACGAUUCCUCAAACGAAUCCGCAAGCUCUUCCUCCGAUGACGACCUUCUGGCAAGGGAACCACAAUCCAGGAGGAGUGUUUCCGACGACGACACAGGGAUUAGGAUUACCAGAGCAACCAGUAUACAUGAUUCCAACUCCGACUCCAUCUCCGGUAUACCACGCGCCACCGUCACAUCAACCGCAAGGCAUCAUGAGACCAGUAAACCAAGGCGGGUAUUAUCCUCCGGUACAGAGAAUGGCUUCAGAUACAUACAGGGAACAACACCAACCACCGUACAACGUGGCUCAGCUACCAAUAGGAACAAAGACACAACAACAACCUCCGCCUUUUACUUCCGCUGGUGCUCCUCCUCCACCGCAAUACUCAGCCGUUCCACCGCCACGACAAGUCGUCGGAUUACCACCAGAUACGUCAGCUUAUACUCAGGUGAGUUACGCAGGAGGAAUGGGGAAACAAGUUUACUACACGGAGGCACCACCACCACCGGCACAGUACCAUGGGAUUGGCUUACCUGUGAAUGGAAUGGGAGAGGUGAGAAGUGGACCGGACGGGAAGCUAAUUGCUAUGAACAUGGCAACUAAAGUUUCUUCUCAGAGUUCAGAUUCGGCAGUUUGAUUAAUGAAAGGUAUCAUCGUUGGAAUCAGACUAUUGUUAAUCCGUUACAAAAUUCCCAUCAUCAUUAUCACAAUAUAUAAUAUAUAGUGUAAUUGAGAUCACUUUUGGUAUUUGCAUGUCUGAUAAAUAAUGUUUUGUUUUUUUUUUAUCUAUCUAUCUAUCUGCUUGUUUAUAAUCUUAAGAUGUUCUUUGAAUUCUGCAACUUCCAUUACCUUUUUUCUGUUGUUGCUCUGAAGUGUGUUUUGCUAAAAAAUCAUGUCUCUUGUGCAUUGGCUUGCGUUUAUCUGACUACCUUUUUAUGCCUUUCUUUACCUUUUUCCCUUUUGGCCUUUUGUCUA